CCCAUCUCUCUCUCUCCCUUUAUCAUUGAAACUCAUAGGAGAGAACGUGUGCGAAGUAUUCCAGAACAGCCACUUUAUUCCCUAUGGUAACGAAACGUGCUGACGGUCAAUCGAUUAUCCGGGGAGAGGUCGGAGGAGGAGAAGGAGAAGGUGACAUCACCAUCCGCACAUAAGUUUCUCUCUAGUUCUCUUGUUUCGCUGUCUCCGGUCUGCUCGCUUUGCAUAUGAACGCGUCGCCCGCCGUCAACAUGUCCGGGGCUUUAAACAAAAUUUCGUGCGAAAUCUGCUUUCAUUUCUUUUUCUUCUUUUAUUAACACUUUCGAAAGAAACAAACAAUUACAAAAAUGCUUUCGCUCGCUGCCCGUUCCGUCAAGUCCUCCAACUUCAAGUCGGCUGCUCGCUGCUUGACUGCCGUCCGCACCAAGGUCACCUUGCCUGAUCUUCCUUACGGCUAUGAUGCGCUUGAACCCUAUAUCAACACUGAAAUCAUGAAGCUCCACCAUUCCAAGCACCAUCAAACCUAUGUCAAUGCUUACAAUGUUGCCGAGGAAAAGUUGCAGAGCUCGUUCCAGGCUAACAACCUGACCGAGCUGAUUGCUUUGCAAAACGCAAUCAAGUUUAACGGUGGUGGUCACAUCAACCACAGCUUGUUCUGGCAAAACUUGGCACCCAAGAGCAAUGGUGGCGGUGAGCUGCCCAAGGGCGACUUGUUGAGCGCGAUUGAAACCAAGUGGGGCUCCUUUGAUGGUUUUGUUGCCAAGUUCAAUGCCGCUGCUGCUGGCGUCCAAGGCUCUGGCUGGGCAUGGCUGGGCUUCAACAAGGAAUCGAAGCAGCUGGAGAUCGCCACCACUCCGAACCAAGAUCCCUUGCUCGGAUUGGCUCCUCUUUUGGGUGUUGAUGUCUGGGAGCAUGCCUACUACCUUCAGUACAAGAAUGUCCGCCCGGACUAUCUCAAGGCCAUCUGGGAGGUCAUCAACUGGAAGACCGUUGCCGAGCGUUUCUCCAAGGCCCAGUGAAAGGCUUUUUGAUUGUUGCCCUUAAGCGAGCAACAUUGUACAGACCCCUCCUUCCCAUUGCAAUAAAUGUGAAUAUCAUCAAUAAACAAAAAGAGACAUUCUGAAUGAUGUCAUUUGCAUGAGUGA